CAAAUGACUGAAAAAACAUGUACGCCUUUUAUCAUAAAUUGCAUCAAAAAGUCCUGAACGUGUCUUAAGGCUUAAAGGGCUCCACGAAUCACGAAUUCACGAUAAGAUACUGAAUUACUGAUCUUCAGACAAAUCACAAAUGGCAUCUCUUGGCUGAAGGACUCAUUCUGUCACUCAAGCUCAAUACAAUGGUGGUCCUCUGAGUCUAUGACCCGAGUACUCAUCAUCCAGGCAUGUGGCCACGAGCCACGGGUGGUCAAUGGAUGAGAGAUGCAGCCCCAAUCCAAAACGUGAUUGUCUGUUCCGCAAUGAAGACAGGAAAUUCUCACCUUCCUUGAAGGGAAGGAUGAUGUUGAGAAAGAGAAAGGUCUGUCUGUACUCUGUAAUAUCCAAUUAGGUCAGAACAACUCGACAUUCCUUUCUUCUGUUUCAUUCUGUUGCAAUUUAAUCCAAGCAUGAUAUGGCCAUCUGGGUACUUAUCGCACUGUGUUACCUUGCACGCAUCACUAAUUAAUUGGAGUAAUUAAGUUACGACCCAACCAUCUGCAGUGAUGGUGCUGUUCCUGUUGCUUCAAACUUCAGAGUAAAUCUUCAAGUUUCUUUCGUUAGAAAUUGCCUCAAAAGGUCCUUUAGGGACCCUCGUGCUUCCAUUCUUUCACAUCAAAUUGCGUGUUCUUGACUCACCUUUUGCACCCUUAAGCAACAAUCCACUGAACCCAUCAUCGAUUUUUAUCUAUAUAUACUGUUUCAGCCCUGAACCCCACCAAUUGUCCAGUUGACUCUGUCUCUUCAUCUUUUGGACUCUGGCCAUGGCCACGGAUAAAGUCUUUCUCUGUCUUGUAUUAGUUUGCGUGUUCCUGAGAUUUGAACUCAUUGGAGCAGCUCCUGAAGGUGCUCUCAUCACAGAACUUCCUGGUUUUGAGGGCACUUUUCCUUCCCAGCACUACUCGGGGUAUAUAACCAUAGACGAGAGUCAUGGUAAAAAGCUGUUCUACUAUUUUGUUGUUUCGGAACGGAAUGCGUCGAAUGACCCUGUUGUUCUCUGGCUUAAUGGUGGACCGGGAUGCUCUAGCUUCGAUGGAUUUGUGUAUGAGCAUGGUCCAUUCAAUUUUGAAGCAGGAAGUACACCUACAAGCCUUCCAAAAUUGCAUCUUAAUCCAUAUAGCUGGUCAAAGGUUUCCAAUAUUAUCUAUUUGGAUUCACCUGCUGGAGUUGGAUUGUCUUACUCCAGAAAUAAGACUGACUACCGGACAGGAGACUUAAAAACUGCAUCUGAUACACACACAUUUCUCCUCAAGUGGUUUGAGCAAUACCCUGAGUUCCUUUCAAACCCAUUUUUUAUUGCUGGUGAGUCAUAUGCUGGAGUGUAUGUGCCUACUCUUGCUUCUGAAGUUGUGAAAGGAAUGAAAAAAGGAUCAAAGCCGAUCCUAAACUUCAAGGGUUACAUGGUGGGAAAUGGGGUCUGUGAUAAUGAAUUUGAUGGUAAUGCUCUUGUACCAUUUGCACAUGGGAUGGGCCUUAUCUCAGAUGAAUUUUAUGAGGAGGCCAAAAAUGCCUGUAAUGGAAGCUAUUGGAAUUCGGCCACUGCAAUCUGUGAAGAAAAGCUUGAAAAAAUUGAUAAGGCUAUUGCUGAUCUGAAUAUCUAUAACAUCCUUGAACCCUGCUACCACAGUCCAGAGGCAGCAGAUGAAGCAGCUGGCAACAUCAGGUUGCCAUAUAGCUUCCGGAAGUUAGGUGAGACUGAGAAGCCUCUUGCUGUGAGAAAAAGGAUGUUUGGCCGUGCUUGGCCACUUAGAGCUCCCAUAAGAGAUGGAUAUGUUCCAACGUGGCCACAGCUAAUGGACAGUGGAAAUGUUCCAUGCACUGACGAUGAAGUAGCAACUUCAUGGUUAAACAAUGAAGAAGUCAGAAAAGCAAUUCAUGCUGAAGAGGUAUCGGUGGUCACAUGGGAAUUAUGUACAGGGAAGAUUGAAUAUUUUCAUGAUGCUGGAAGCAUGAUCAAGUAUCAUAAAAGCCUCACUGCUGGGGGAUAUCGGUCUCUUAUAUUCAGUGGUGACCAUGAUAUGUGUAUUCCAUUCACUGGGACAGAAGCAUGGACCAAAUCACUAGGAUAUGAGAUUGUGGAUGAAUGGCGACCUUGGACUUUUAAUGAACAAGUUGCUGGGUAUAUCCAAGGCUAUGAUAAAAACCUUACAUUUCUCACAAUAAAGGGAUCUGGACAUACUGUCCCUGAGUACAAGCCACAAGAAGCAUUAGCCUUUUAUAGCCGUUGGUUGGAAGGAGAAACAAUAUGAAAGAAACUGUGAAAAAAAAUUCUUUUUUGAAAAUUUUUUUUCUUUUUUUUUUUUUGGGGGGGGGGGCAGUGCACUAGUCCCUAGCUUUCCACUUCUAUUUCCAUCUUCUGUGAUGUCUUAAGAGAACUUCAUUAAUAAGGCUAUUACCCAAUGUUGGUCCCAGCUAUCUGGGGUCUUGGGAGGGUUAGACUGAACAAGUCCCAAUCUUUGGCAUUUUUUUUUUUUGCACAAAGUGGCCAUUCUCAUACUUGAACCAGUGCUCUCAUGUUUGUCAACCUAAGAUUUUACCAUUACACUAGUACUGGCCCCUAGAACUUUAUUAACAAGGAUAUGGCAAUAAAACCAUUAUUUUAUGAUAAUCAGUGGAUUUCAUGUCUAAUUUGUAAGUUUGGAGUUUAUGUGCACACAUGUAUUGCUUGCAUUGUAGUACCUUGUUAUUACUUAUGCCACAUUUUGGUCAAAUACUAUGCUUGAAAAUGUGGGAAAA